AUGUAUUCUAAAUAAGCAACAAUCUCAAAGUCAUAGAACUUAAAAUCUAAGCUAUCUAUUAAGGAUACAAUGUCAAAUUCUCAUUAAAUUCAUAGUCAACCUCAAUCUUCUAAGGGUUAAGACAACCCAAAAUAAGAAGUAUAUUUGUUUUAAUUUAGAAUAAAUAAGAUUGUCAAUUGAUGAAGAAGAAACUUUUUAACAUUUUGGGUAAGAAUAGUGAAUCACAUAAAAUAUUUAAAGUUUCACCAACCAAUUCACUUAAGUAAUAAUAUUUUGUAUCUGCUUCUUUGUAACAAAAAUCUAAAGGUUCUAUGUUAAAAUACAAUCAUACAACUGAUAAUAAUGAUUCUCUCAAAACUCUUAAAUGUAAUGCUUUGAAGUUACUUAAAUCCAAUAAACAUAAGGACAUUAAUAAAUAUAGCGAAUUCCUAUCAAAUAACAAUUUUGAAAUGCAAAAGCAAUUUGGAAAUUUUGUUAGAUCUAUUGAUGAAAUAUAAGCUGAGUAAUUACCUAUAUAAAAUACUGAAAGAAGCACUUUGAUUGCACUUUUUGAAAAACUUAAUGAAAAAGAUUAAAAGUAAAUAAAACCAAAAAGAUAAACUCUAUAACAUUCAGAAUCUUAUUCAUAAAAAUAAUCUAUAGAAAAUGAAUUCAUUGAUUUAAGAUUGAAAUAAAGAAACAAGUGUAAUUUCUCUAAUAAUUCAUCAGGAUAAUUAGUGAAUCCAAAUUCAACAACCACAUAAAUACAUUAAAAUCCAAUAAUAUCAAUUGAAUAGAAAAUUAAAAUAGAUGAAAAUUUAUAAACUAUAGUAGAUAAAACUAAAUAGAUUUUGUUAAAAUAUUAAGAAAAAUUGAAAUAGAAUGAUAUUGAAAAGGAUGUAUUAAUAUAAGAAAUUUAAUAUUGGAAAUCUAAAUACUUAAAAUGUAAACAACAAUAAUUUUGA